UAAGCACACCUACGGUGGUCGUCUUCCAAGACGUCGGCUCCCUCCUCGAGGCCCCGAACUAGGGUUUACAUCUUCUCCCCGUCUCCCGCUUUCCCACCAGCAAAUUAAAGCGCGGGAAGAGGGAAGCGCUCCCCCUCCCCCUCAAUCUAAAAGGGAAGGGGAUCUCGAUUUAAGUGCCGAAGGAGUCCAAUUUCAUGGAUGGGAAUCGAUCCAAAAGAGCAUCUAUAAAAACCCAACACCCCAAUUGGAAGGAGAAGCUUAGGCAAAAUUGCCUGAGAAGAGUUCAAGAGGAGAGAGCCCAGUUGCUUUGGAAAAUCAGAUCAAGUGGGCAGCAAUCUCUGAAUAAGAAGGAGAUUGCGGAAACUGCAUUCAGGAAUAUAGUUUCUGAUGAGCUGCAGAAGAUUAAGCAGUCAUCUUCAAGCAAAAACCAGAUAACCUUAGUUCCGAAUAAUAGUGAUCUAAUAUGGGAAUUUGAUGGUCUGCAUACAAGUAGCUCAACGGAAACUGAAAGUGAAGAGCUAAUGUUAGAAAUGGAGAGAGUACUUUAUGAAGAUCUGCGAGAGGAAUUGAUCAGGAGAGAGUUAGAGGUUCUUGAAGAAGAAGAUGAAUACUUAGCUCGAGCAGUUUUUGAACACAUGCAACUUAACGAUGACCAGAUUCCUUUAGCAGGCAACAAGUUAUAAUUGCUCCUUUGGGAAAUAGCUCCUCUAGCCUGGGCUCCUCUCUGUUGCUUACCUCCCAAAAUUUUCAAGAAAAGAAGGCAACUCAUCACCUUAAAAGGCUUGAAGGAAAUAUGUAUUUCUCUCCCUGGCCAUAGGUUGCCAGAAAAGAAGACGGGUGGAUCAGGAUACACCUGCCCAGCACUAUGAAUCUUUAAGCUUCAAUCAAGAAUUCUUUUGACAUGCUAUGUAUAAAGACCUCAUUGGGUCCAUUGAAGCUAAACUAUGACUAAGCUAUGAUGAUGCACAAUUUUGAAUGACCUCAUGCCUAAUGUGUGUUUCCCUGAUGCAAAUUCUGCCCACACUGACGUGCGGUCGUUUGUUUCUAAUGGGGAUUAUGUACAUUCUGAUGCAGUACAAGGACUUUAAUGUUGUCAUAUCGUCUGCAAGAAAAAGGAUUAUGUACAUCUUGAUGUGACAGAAGGAUUCAUUGGCUUGUGUGUUGUCAUAUUGUCUGCAAAAAGAAAAUGUACUGAACUGUUGAAGUCAUGACAAAAUUACAAAUCUUAAGAGGCCCUAAAUGAUGUAUGAAGUAGCGGGUUGGCCGUUGGCCACCUCUGAACAAAUGUUACCAAUCGAGGGGAACUUUAUAUUGAAUGAAAAUCACUUCUAUCUGU